GCUCAAUUCUCUUGAACACAAACAGAACCUUUUUGCCAUUUUAGUAUAGUGCUGCAUGGCUCAAUUACCACCUAAAGUUCCUACAAUGGCACAUAAUCGGCCUUUUCACAACAUGCCCCCAUUGCAUAAUUCCUCCUGGGUCGACGACUUUCUUGAUUUUUCGUCGAAAAUUAUGAAACUACAUAGAGUACACAUAUUUAUUUCAUAUAUUCAUAUGAUAUCACUGGCAUGUUUCUUGAUGAAUCAUAUGGGAUGGGUCUUCGAAUCCUUCUAUGCCGUCUGAUCAAAACAUUUUGUGGAAUUAAGCAAACAAACGCGGCCAUUGAUGACAAAAUGAUACAGCCACGUUUCAGUUACACCCACAAAAAUACAAAGAAAAAGUGGCAAUCCACGUUUCAAGAACGAUAAACGUGUGUUAGUUUCUCUGCUUCUCUCUAUUUAUGUCUAUACUGCAUUUGGAAUCACUUUAGAACAUAUCGAUAAACAAUAAAAGUGGUUAGUUUUUCUGCUUUAUAGAACUUAUCGAAAAACAAUAGUUUUUUCUUGGUCGGUUAGAGCUUUUUUUUUUUUUUUUCUAAUUAAUCUUGUAAAAGUGCAUGCAUUUACUUCCCUGAAGAAAUUUUUGUGGGUUUUUGCUGGAUUUUUUGUAUAUGAUCAUUGAUCACCAUUUUUUAUUUAUAUCUGACUCAAAUUUAGGGGUUUGUUGUUUGCUUAUUUUAUGUAGGGCUCUCCAGUUGAGGUGAAAUUUUAACGGCAAAAGAAUCGAUUUCUUGUAAGACAUUAUCCACAAGAUUGUACUUGACAUCAUGGUGCGAAGGAGUAUGUCAGACAAUAAUCACAUAAUUAAUGUGGGAGCAGAUCCGCGGAAUCAAGAGUAUAUCCAUCCAGAGCCUUGUGUGGUGUAUGGGAGCUUUACAUCUUUUCCACAUCCAAAUGUCCACACUGUAAUACCAUCUGCAGGAAACACUGGAAAUUUCUAUUUGCACCAUCUACCAAACCAUCAAGAGGGCGCUGUAAUUUAUGGGAUGCCACCGUCCAAUGGGGUUCAACAGCCGCAUCCUGCCACCAAUGUUGCAGUAUUUGCAACAUCAUCAAAUCACUAUAACCCUUAUGUGGCUGCUCCAUCUACAGAUUUUCUAGCUCCAGUAAAUCAUGGGUUACAUAAUUCAUGGGCCUGGAAUCAGGCUGCUCCUUCACCCUAUCUUCCCGGUGGUGCCGGAGGCUAUGUAGAUGCUGGAUUUAUGGGUGUGCAAGGUUAUCAAUUAACUGCCAGCAAUGGAGGUUUGAAUAGUUUUCUGCAUGCACCGCCUAAUAUGCAAUAUAUGGGAGGCCACACUAUGAGCUUCUCUCCACAGAUGACAGCAUCUUCACGCGUCUACCUGCAAAAUAGCUCGUCCAAUAACUCUAAUAAUCUAUUGCGAGGUGUUGUACCAUUCUCACCGACUGGCUCUAGGUUGUACAGACCUCAUCCAAGGGAAUUCAUGCCUGAAGCAAAUACUCGACACCACAACCUCCCUAACAUGAGAGUUUUGCCAGAAAAUAGGGUGGCAAUGCUGGAUGUUCCAGCAUACCAUGAAGUGGGUAAUGUUGUUGAUCAGUUCAGAGAUAUGCGUUUGGACAUAGAUCACAUGUCUUAUGAGGAGCUUCUUGCAUUGGGGGAGCAUAUUGGCAACGUGACAACGGGUUUAUCAGAGGAAGCUAUUGUCACCAAUUUGAAAACGAGAAUAUUUUUGUCUACCGAGACUCCUUGCGCUCUGGAAAGUGUUGCAUGUCAAGAUCACAAAACUGACUGUGUCAUAUGCCAGACUGGUUACAUCGACCAAGAUAAGAUUGGCGUUCUUGAGUGCGGGCACGAGCAUCAUGAAGACUGCAUAAAGAAAUGGUUGGUUGUGAAGAAUAUUUGCCCCAUCUGCAAAUCCACAGCAUUGUCCACAAAGAAACAGGUAGAUGGGAGGUCGAUGAAUAAUUAAAAUAGUGCAGGCAUUCUAUUCUCUUGUUAAAUGUUUAUUCUCCGAUGAGGAAAAUGUUCCUGAAACUGUAUUAUAAAUUUUGUACAUAUUUUUGCCGUAGUCCAGCUCUCCUAAACGUUUUUCGUUGACCUUAUCUUUGUGGAGCUAAAUUUGUCCAGACUCGUAAGUUUUGUUCUGCCAUAUAGACGUUCCGUU